AUCUCAGUUUAGUUACGGUAGGUUGAGAUCAAUCGAGUGAGCACACUUUUUCACAUUAUCAGUAUAUUAACUGGUUUGUAUUUGAGCCUCAGGGACAUCGUUUUGUAAUUUAGGCCCAGCAGAGUGUUUCCCACUAAGUCAUUAUGUCCAUGCAAGUUCUGUGCAUUUUUGUUUUUCUACUUGUUGGAUAUUCAUUUGCUUUCUCAUUCAGAAGAGAUUUUAAAGCUGACGAAAGGGAAGGUUUAUUAGACAGAAUUUUCCGAAAAUACAAUGGUGAUGUUAAAAGAUAUUUCGAUGAUGACGACGUGUUGGAACGAAGAGAUCGUGAUAGACACGUACUUGAUUCAAAAGGGUUCUGGGGCGCAUAUGAACCCCAGGAGAAACGCAGCAACAAUGAGCCAUCAGAAAAGGAAUUAUUGAAGGAAGUAAGAAAACGACUAAUCAAUGAGGUCCAGAGAACUCUUAGUGACAUCUCUGCCUAUGAACGUGUCAUGAACGAAAGAAAAGGAACAGAAGAGGAUGAAGGCGCUCGGAAGUAUGCUGCAGACGAAGAAGAAGAAGAAGGUGAAGACAAGGCAUCGCGCAAGGAAAAACCCAAAUCAAACGCUUUGAGUGAAAGGGAGAUACAGGAACGAGUAAAGGAAGAAAUCAAAAAAGAACUGGCAGAAAUGGAUAAGAAAAGCGCAGAUGAUGAAGAAGAAAGUGAAGAAGAAGCUUUUCACCAAAAAUCACGAGAGCCAAAGCUCCAGGAUGAAGACGAAGAUGAUCUUGAGAAACGUCUUUUGAAGAUGUUCAUGUAACAUUUUCUGAUGCUGGUAAACAGUAGCAGUUUUGUCAUAUGAAAAUGGAAGGAUAUAAAAAUUGAUGCUACUUAAAAUUAAUAUGGAAGGAUAUAAAAAUUGAUGCUACCUAAAAUUAAAAUAGAAGGAUAUAAAAAUUGAUGCUACUUAAAAUUAAAAUGGAAGGAUAUAAAAAUUGAUGCUACUUAAA